GUAUGGUUCGUAAGAGUAACACGCGUCGCAUGCGUCACUGCACCUGAUGGAAGGCAUCCAGCUUGAAGAAGUGCUCGCAGGGUUCCAUACGACGCAGGAGUGUGUAUAUAAGCUACGGUUUUCUGUAUUUCGAAGUCAUUGUACGUUCUCGACCAGCGAGACCGUCCUAGCUAAAAAGUCACCGUCACAGUUGCGGUUCCGCUAUUAUCAUACAACGACAGUCGGAGACGACGCUAAUUUCAAUGUGGACCUACACGAAUAUCUCUCGAUUUGUGUUAUUCUGUUCGUUGUGCAUCUACCAAUGUUGCCACUGUCUACCCGUCACUAACUUCGAGAUUAUCGCAGAUCCGGCGAGACUCGAAGAUCAGACAUGGCGAGCACGUUUCGGAGAUUCAGAUCUGCCUCGAUUUUCGGAAAACGUCUCCCACCCGUACCUUCGAGGCAAACGACUCGUCAAUCUUGGCCCCGGAACUUUAACUAAACAGAAAACAUAUCAGGCUUGCAUCGCGCCUGGCAAUCGGAACGGCCAUUGUAAACAUUUCAGCGGAUGCGUCCUUGAGGAGUUCCGCUCGAACUUUGAACGAUUUGUGAAUUAUAUGUGCAUAAUCGAGCAGACGUACAUCGGCGUAUGUUGCCCGGACAGCGCGGUGACAGUGCGAGCGGAUAAAACCUUCAACGAUGAUUUGGCCAGCGUGUUACCGGCGAUAGCAAAUAUCGACGACGACGAAGAGGAGUGGGACGGGACCGCAGGCGAGAGCGGGCCACCUGCCGAUGACAAGGUGUCGGGCAACGACGCGACUUCGAAGCGAGACGGUACGGACGAGGAGACGAGGAAACCGCGGAAACCCAGAGGAUGCGGCAUGACCACAAAGAUGAAGACCAGAAUCGUGGGUGGCCGACCGGCUGACCCGAAGGAAUGGCCGUGGAUGGCCGCUCUUCUCAGGCAAGGCGCGAUUCAGUACUGCGGGGGUGUGUUGAUCACAGAUAGACACGUGCUCACCGCCGCGCAUUGCGUCUACAGGUACAAGCCGCGCGACAUCACCGUGAGACUCGGCGAGUACGAUUUCACCAAGCCGGACGAGACGCGAGCGUUGGACUUUAUGGUGUCGGAGAUACGAGUGCACCGGGAUUUUGUGUACACCACUUACGAGAACGACAUCGCCAUCAUUAAGAUCCACCGACCCACCACGUUCAACAGCUACAUCUGGCCCGUCUGCCUGCCGCCCAUUCAGCAGACCUUCGAGAACAAGAGCGCCGUCGUUACCGGCUGGGGCACGCAGUAUUACGGGGGACCCGCCAGUACCGUGCUGAUGGAAGUCGGGGUGCCGGUGUGGCCUCAGGAGAGGUGCGUUCGCAGCUUCACCCAACAGAUCACGGGUACCACGUUAUGCGCGGGUGCUUACGAGGGAGGUCGCGACGCCUGUCAGGGAGACUCGGGUGGCCCGUUGCUACAUCAGCUCGGUAACGGCAGGUGGGUCAACAUCGGGAUUGUAUCCUGGGGGAUUCGCUGCGGUGAUCCUGGAUUCCCGGGAAUAUACACCCGUGUGAGCUCUUACCUCGACUGGAUAUUCGCGAACGCCGUAUUCUGAGCGUCGCGCUACGUCUCGCCGCCGCUCUCUAGUGCCAAAGAUUUUUCUACUUUUAUACGCGCGAGGAGAUUUCGUGAGAGAUGCGCGACCGUCCGACGAGACGAUUCCUUCGACGACCUGUCAACUGAAAGUGCAACAAUCAAAUAGAUAUAAGGGGGCAAUUGGGAGAGGCCCGGCAGGCAGGUGUACAUUGAAGGAAAAAAGUGCCGCGUACAAGUAAAUAUUUGCUAAAGUGUAUUGAAGUAAAUCUUUUAUUAGAGGAUUCAAUCCGACACUCAAGUAGUAUUUCAUCCAAAUAAAAUCAUCACUCCGACACUUCUUAACGACUGUUUACUUGAACGCAGCACUUUUCCCUUCCGACGGGUCAUCUUCCCUUUUCACCGCGCGACGUAGGGCGCCGUGAGUCGUCUGCGACGAACUUGAAAACGAUUAAACUUUAUUUUCUUUUACGGAAUAUAUAUGCGUGUGUAUAUGUAUUGAUUGGUACAUCAUUAAAAGAGAGAUUGACACAGAUAGAAAGUUCACUCUUCGCGUGAUGCGUCGCAUCCGGUGUACGCGUGCUCCCGCCGCGCCACCGCGUCGUAACGUUCCCGACGGGGUAACCGCGGCAAAUAAUCAAGCCACUUGCAGCGUUCGUUCCGUACGCGAAACACGUGUUACGCACCACCGCCACCGCACGUGCGUAUACCCGCUCUUCCGUACGCAAGUACGUGUAUUUGCACACGGCCGUACGUGUCGCACUCGCACGAUAUACUAUUUUCCAGACACCUCGUGGACUCGCCGAGAGGCCCAGCCUCCGUUCGCCACGAGUGGCCCUAAACAUCGACGUAGCUACGGUAACUUGUUUUUUUCUCGCAGCCAUAUACAUAUAUAUAUAUAUAUAUAUAUAAUCUAU